AACCUCUCCCUUUGAAACGGGGAGAAGUCGACUAUAAAAGGGCAACCAUCCUACAUAGCUCAAGCGCAGAAUUCAAUUAAUCCAUAUAGUUGUCAACCAUCUGUUGUGGACGCUUUCACCGGCAAGGCGUACGCACGCAGGAACAAGAAGCAACAGGUUGCAGGCUGAUUGUUUUAUUUGUAUUCAGUUAGGACUUUUCUUUUCCGCGACCCUGAGCAUGUUUUUCAUUAAAAGGUCAGUUAGGACUUGGUUGUUGUAUUGAGUUAGGAUUUGGUCUGUUAGUUAAACAUGUUUAGAGAUUUUGUUAGGGCCGGCUCUAUUUAAAGCUAAGAGAUCGGGCAGAACUUUGUUGGCAAGCAGGAAAGAGUAAUCGUGUUGCUCAAAGCCUCCAGCGUGAGGGCGAGCUCGCUAAUACUAACCUGCCAGCGUUAGCUAAUCUAGCCAUAUCACAUCUCAGCCAUCUUCGAAAGUUAUUAUCUCAAAGUCUUCAGCAACGAUCUGGUGCUCAAAGAUAGAAAGAGAGAGUAAUGUAAGUUAACUGUUCUACUUCCCCUCAAUUAAGUCUGAUGUUUGAUGAAGCAAAACCCUGUCCUUGGCAACCUUUUUCUCUUCCUUGAGUGCACAUUAUUUUCUGGGAUAAACCUUUUUUUUUCUCCAAGUGUACAGAGUUGGAAGUUUCAACUCGUAGAAAUCCAACCUAACACUAACAAGGUAGGGUGAGUGGAGAAACAAAGAGUAGCACUCUCUUUUAGGCCAACCACACCGCAAGGGGGGAAUUGUUACAUCAGUAGUAAGGAGAUCUAAAUUUAUAUGCAACGGACGAUUCAUAACGUGAAAAUUUAUGCGUAACUAUACAGAUUUCGACAGUUCAAAAUAUUCGUAUUUCUAAAAGUUUAGUUGCCAGCAUGUUCAGUCCUCAGGUUACCUAUGUGUACUCAGUUUUCUUUUACAGUCCAAAACUUUCGUUUAUGACUGGCAAUACUAUGUUCUAUAAUACUGACUGGCAAUACUAUGUUCUAUAAUAAAGUUUUUGACAAGAUUGAUUCGUUUCCUAACUGUUUCAAGACAGACAUUAGAAUGGGGAAACUACUGGCAGCAGUCGGCAAGUUCUUCUGCUUUGUACAGGUGAACCAGUCAACAGUAGGCAUCAAAGAGAGAUUUGGGAAAUUUGAGGAAGUUCUCAAUCCUGGAUGCCAUUUUAUGCCAUGGAUCAUUGGAAACCGUGUCACCGGUCAGCUCACUCUAAGGCUUAGGCAGCUUGAUGUCCGCUGUGAGACAAAAACAAAGGAUAAUGUUUUUGUUACUGUUGUUGCAUCCAUCCAAUAUCGAGCAAUGGAAGACAAAGCAAGUGAUGCAUACUACAAGCUGAGCAACCCAAAAGCUCAAAUUCAAGCAUAUGUCUUCGAUGUUAUAAGGGCAAGUAUUCCUAAACUAGAACUGGAUGAUGCUUUUGAGCAAAAGAAUGAAAUAGCAAAAGCUGUGGAGGAGGAGCUUGAAAAGGCAAUGUUUGCUUAUGGUUAUGAGAUUGUGCAAACACUCAUUGUUGAUAUAGAACCAGAUGAGAAAGUUAAAAGGGCUAUGAAUGAAAUUAAUGCUGCUGCAAGACUCCGUGUUGCAGCAAAUGAGAAGGCAGAGGCAGAAAAGAUAAUUCAGAUCAAGAGGGCUGAGGGUGAGGCUGAAGCCAAGUAUCUCUCUGGCCUUGGUAUAGCAAGGCAGCGUCAAGCCAUAGUUGAUGGGCUAAGAGAUAGUGUGCUUGGCUUUAGCGGCAAUGUGCCUGGGACUUCAGCUAAGGAUGUGAUGGAUUUGGUUCUGCUCACUCAAUACUUUGACACCAUGAAAGAGAUCGGAGCAGCAUCCAAAUCUUCUGCUGUUUUCCUCCCACAUGGUCCUGGUGCUGUUAAAGAUAUUGCCGGUCAGAUUCGUGAUGGAUUUCUUCAGGCAUCUACUCAGGAGGCAAAGUGAUAAUUGCAUUGAUAGCGAGAAUUCCAUAAACAUGAAUCUCGAUUAGCAAGGCUAUUAGUUUGUCAUAACUGUGAUUGGUCCUUUACAUGCCUUGAGAAUAUUGUGUGAGAUCGUUAAAGUAUCAAGCCUGUAUAUGCUUAUAGAUUAGGAGGUCUGUGUAAAGAUGUCUCAUAUACAAAAUGUAGUGUGAUCACCUUACAAGAAUCUAGUUAAUUAUAGUGGUGUGAAUGUGUGACCAAGCAUGCGAGAGCUUUCAUAUCUUUCGCAACUUCGAUACACAGCUUUGUUUUCACAGA